AUGGAUGAAACAUACGUCCAUUCAUCUCAUACCCACCAAAAGAGCUGGUCUGAAAGUUCAAAAAAGGGCAUACAAAAACCAGUAUCUAAAGGACAGAUGCUUGUGAUAGUGCAUGCUGGAGGUGAAAGUGGUUUUGUUAAAAACGCCUAUCUGCGCUACAAACCUACUAUAAAAACAGGAGAUUAUCAUGAUACAAUGAACUACGACAAUUACAAAAAGUGGCUUCAGGAUAAACUGAUACCAAAUUUGCCCCCUCACAGCGUUUUAGUGAUUGAUAAUACACCGUAUCACAACUUACAAACUGAGAAAUGUCCAACUAUGUCUUCCAGGAAAGCAGAAAUGCAGCAGUGGCUGACAACGCGAAAUAUUUCCUUUACAGAUGACAUGUUGAAAUUUGAAUUAUACGAAAUUAUAAAAUUACACAAACCUCUGUUUAAAACCUAUGAAAUUGACAAAAUACUCGAGGAUAAAGGACAUUCAGUUUUACGGUUACCCAAGAUAUUAUCCGGAUUUGAAUCCUAUAGAGUUAGUAUGGGCUUCUAUGAAGCAAUAUGUCGCUGA